CACUGCCGGUGUCUGUGUGGUCUAUUCCCAACGUCUGAAUUGGCUGUCCCAUGAGAAAGAGGCAUCGAUACUCUCGUGGGUUUGGGGCAGGUGCAGCGGGGGGUUGCAUAUAUCCCCCGCAGCCUCGUUCCUCUUUGCACUCAUCCUUCGCUCAGUCUUGGCAGCAAUGUUGCCAAAGCUACACAUGUUGCCAAAGCCUCUACUACUGCUAUUGACCUCAGUACUUUCUACUCGAUCAAUCACCGAAGCGACUGCGCUUACAGGCGAUUCGUGGUGUGGUACCUUGAUGUGCGCCAGUGCGACAGUGAACGAUACCAUCGUGACCUACGAGCUCAAGUCCCUAAAUCAACUAGGAUGGAUGGCAAUCGGCUUUGGCAAUAGCAUGAGCAAUAGCUCUCAUGUAAUUCUGUGGCGGAAUGUAGAUGACUCUGUGACCAUUUCGCAACGGCGUGCGCCGGGAAAAGUUGAACCAACGCUGGAUCCUGCGCCGCCCCGGAUUGCGAGCCUAUCUCCACGGACAAACCUUUCUUCUGCUUCAACACCAACUCUGGCUUUCGAUAUACCGAAAAAUCAUGACAGGUUACAACAGCUCGUUUGGGCUUUUGGUAUCACACCGCCGUCCAAUUCGAGUGCAUCAGCUACAUUGGAGCAGCAUCUUGAUGCAGGUCCAUUCACUCUCAACCUCACAAAGGUCUUGGAUGUCGUUCCUUCUUCAAUACCGAGUCCAACUUCAACUUCCUUAACACCCUCUCCAUCGGACAUUACAUCCUCUUCUUCGUCUUCCGCACCACUACGUCAAGGUGCUCAUGACAUGGUGCUUACCGCCCACGCCAUUCUGUGUUUUAUCGGUUUCCUUGUAUUACUCCCCCUUAGCUCCCUGAUCGCACGCUGGACGAGAACGAGGACGACAAAUUGGUUUAAAGCACAUUGGAUAAUCAACUUUCUAGGCCUGCCUAUCAUUCUUGUUGGAUGGCUUCUCGGCCCUCUAUCGGUAUCUAGACAGAACCGGGUUCAUGUUGUCAACGAACAUCAGAUCUUUGGUGUUAUCUUGUUUGCGUUAUACGUAGUGCAGAUGACCUUGGGUAUCCUCGUUCAUCUUAGGAGGCCGAAACAAGGGAAGGUUCAUCCGCUAAGAAACAUUGUGCACGUUAUUUUAGGUAUAAUCAUAAUUGGUGGUUCGUUCUUCCAGGUAAAGACGGGCAUAUCCCGAGAUUGGGAGCUUAGUCUUAGAAGCGAGGGGAUUGCCACCGUCUUGUGGAUCUGUUGGGUUGUCGCCAUUCCAAUGGUAUACUUUGCCGGACUUAAGCAUCUGAAGACCCAAUUCGAUCAAGAACGACUAGGCUGGCAUGAACCUCUGCCAACGCUCUUGGUCAACCGACGCGCUGUAAUUCGUCGACCAAGUGAAGAAUCGGUGCCAGACAGAGGAAGAAUCAUUGUUCCACCCGUCUUGGUAGAUGACGGAACUCAUGACAUCUUCAGUCGAAGACGAGCGAAUGAACCAGACCCGGACGCCACGGAGAUGCGCGAGCUCGAGCAUCCAAUACCUAUCUCCGUACAGACAUAGCUUACUUACAGUUCAUUCUUGUGUCUAGGAAGUACGAGGAUCAAUGCCAGCAUUCGUCCGCGGCCGCCUGUUUGGCUUUAUUCUGACUCUGAGCAUGAGGUUGAGUGUUCUGCGAAGGCAGAUGCUAUCUGCAAUCUCUGACAAGCUACGUCGCGAAUCCGCCACAAUCAUCGCUUUUCGGAGUUUUCUGAAUCAUUUAGUUCGAAACGAUUGGCAAUAAGCUCGCGCCAGAUGUCAAACAAAUGGAUAAGGCUAACUUGCGUUUAAUGCUGCAGGAGGUUGUUAUGUGGAUAGCAUCAUCUAUCAUAAGCCCGAUGCCUAUCGGACUGAACAUAUGGUACAAAGUGUAUUCAGAGAAUAUGAGAAGUUUGGGCCGAUCGUAAUAAGUAUAGUGCGUGAGU